CUUCUGUAUGUUAUGGUGACUCUCGCAUUUAAUGAAUUCGAGCCAACCUACAAAUAGUAGUUGGCCACACUGACACAUUGCGGGAUAAACAAAACAGACAAGAGAAAUCGGAAAAUGACAAUAAGGGGGAAGGAGUGUGAAUUUAGAAACUUUCUCGUAUUCUUGUUGAAGUGAACUUACUGCAUUAAAUGUUAUUCCAUAGUGAAUUAAACUUAACAAACACAUUGUUUGUUCACUAUGAACGUCUGUCGUGGCUACAAUUUGUAUGGCGAAAUCGUUAGUCUGUGUACAAGCCGAAGUACAACACAGAAAUUUUCUGUUAGAGCUUUCCGAACCUCUACAAACAAGCAAUCAAGAUGGCCAUCAAGAAACGGAAGAAAAAUUCACCAAACAGAAGGUCCUGGGAAUGCUUCUUUUGAAGGACUGAAGAUAGACAGUGGACCUAUACCUUUGUCACGUUUGUGGAAACCAUUGGGAUUUACUAUAGCUUUUAGUUCUGCAAGUUUUGCUGGUGCAGCAAUCUGGCAAUAUGAAAACAUGCGUGCUCAUGCUGCAGAAAUGUUGAAACAUCCUUUUGGAUGGGUUCAAGAAAGAGUGUUUGAAAGCAGAAAAAAGUUCCGAUGGCGACAGGAGCUAAAUGAUUGGUGGAAUAGACUCUCGCAGGGGGAAAAGCUGUUUGUUCCCAUCUGCUUUGCUAAUGUGUUGGUCUUUUGUGCAUGGAGGAUACCUCAGUUCCAGGGCACAAUGGUGCGCUACUUUUGCUCCAAUCCAGCAUCUCGUGCACUAUGCUGGCCAAUGUUUUUAUCAACCUUCAGCCACUAUUCUGCAUUUCAUCUUCUUGCAAAUAUGUAUGUUCUACACAGCUUCUCUACAGGAGCUGUUGCAGCACUCGGAAAAGAGCAAUUCUUAGGUCUCUAUUUGAGUGCAGGAGUCAUCUCGUCAAUGGCAAGCUAUAUUUAUAAAGCAGUUACCAGUCAACCAGGACUUUCAUUAGGAGCGUCUGGGGCAAUAAUGGCAAUCCUCAGUUUUGUAUGUACGCAGUACCCGGAAACUAGGCUCAGUAUAAUUUUCUUGCCAUUCUUCACGUUCACUGCUGGCUCGGCUAUCAAAGUAAUAAUGGCCUUAGAUGCAACAGGUGUUCUACUUGGCUGGAAGUUUUUUGACCAUGCUGCUCACCUGGGAGGAGCACUUUGUGGAAUUUUCUGGUGCUACUGGGGAAACACCUACAUUUGGAAAAAUAGAGAACCAUUACUCCAGUGGUGGCAUGCUCUACGUGGUCCACCAAAGAAGUAAGAUGCAGACUGAAAGCUGUAUCUCAAAUCUUUCCAGCUCCCAAUGUUUUCGUGUGGAUAGUCCAGACGCCUAAAUAUGUAAAUCUGGAAAAAUGUGAAUUAUAUUUUCUGAGUGUAACACAUUGUUUUAAUAUGUAAUUUAGGCAUUAAAUAUCACAAUUUUGACUUCCUUUUAUCAAGAA